CACCUCCGCAGCAUACCACCACCACAUCCGGUUCAGGCACCACCUCCAGGACCUCCAGACCCAAACUUCACACACAGUCCGUGAAGGGAAUUUAGCGAUUAAGAUGGGUGUUAUACGGCACGUCGUGUGCGCCAUGUCGGGCGGCGUCGACAGCUCCGUCGCGGCCUUGUUGCUGAAGAGAAGAGGCUAUAAUGUGACCGGAGUUUUCAUGAAGAACUGGGAUUCCCUGGAUGAGAAUGGCGUGUGCGCCACAGAGAAGGACUGUGAGGAUGCCUACAAAGUGUGCCAGAUGCUCGACAUCCCCUUCCAUCAAGUGUCAUAUGUUAAGGAAUACUGGCACGAGGUUUUCAGUAAUCUGUUAAAGGAAUACGAGAAAGGAAGGACACCCAACCCAGAUAUACUCUGCAACAAGCAUAUCAAAUUCAACCAUUUCCACAAGUACGCAAUUAUAACGCUAGGUGCUGAUGCAUUGGCAACCGGCCACUACGCGAGGACCUCCCAGGAAGACGAAGAGGUUUUCCAGCAGACCCCCAAAACUGCGCCCCUUGUGCUCUUUAGAAAUCGAUUUGAGUUUCGAAACCCGGUGAGAUUGCACAAGGGGGCCGACCUCGUCAAGGACCAGACCUUCUUCCUCAGCCAGAUCUCCCAGGAUGCCCUGCGGCAGACCAUUUUCCCUCUCGCUGGCCUCACCAAGGAUUUUGUGAAAAAGAUGGCGGCUGAAGCGGGCUUUCACCAUGUACUGAAGAAAAAAGAGAGCAUGGGCAUCUGCUUCAUUGGUGAGAGGAACUUUGAAAACUUUAUUCUGGAGUACCUUGAACCAAAACCUGGCAACUUUGUAUCCAUUGAGGAUGGCACUGUCAUGGGCACACAUAAAGGCUGGUUCACUUUCACGCUGGGCCAGAGGGCGCGGAUCGGGGGACAGAGGGAUGCUUGGUUUGUGGUGGACAAGGAUAUCAAUACGGGCGAUGUGAUGGUGGCGCCGUCGACCAAUCACCCAUCUCUUUUUCGUGACACCCUGCGGACGGAUCGCUUCCAUUGGAUCGCCGAGGACCCGCCGACCCAACUGGCCCGGACCAAGAUGAUGGAGUGCCACUUCCGCUUCAUCCACCAGAUGCCACUAACUCCCUGCACAGUGACUCUCAACAUGGACGGCUCUGUGUGGAUCUCACUGGCACAGUCGCUCAGAGCUUUGACACCUGGACAGUUCGCAGUGCUCUACAAAGGCGACGAGUGCCUGGGAAGCGGUAGGAUCAUCCAGCUGGGGCCCAGUGACUUCACCAUCCAGCGGAGUCGGGAAUGUUCAGCCGCCACUCAGCUCAAUAAAGAGCAGACGCCAGAACCGGUCAGAUGACACGGCCUUGAGAUUUAAAAAAAAUAAUAAUAAUUGCUCAAGUUAUCAAACACUGUGGUAUGAUACCUAAUUACCCCCCCCCCACCCCAUUAGGUUAAUACAUUUACGAUAUUUGAAAAUAUAUUUUCUGGCUACUCCUGUUGUCUCCAGGCAGUAAUGUUCUAUGAGUAUUUGUGCCUUUCCACCAUGUUUUGUCCCUGUCAGGGAAAAAAGGUAGGAUGACACAUACUGUUUACAUGCUGUCAUACUGCUGCCACACUUAAACAAAAAAAACAAAACUCAGGACCAUGUAAUUAUGUCAAGUUUAUUGUUCUAAACCUUUUUCACAUUAGAAUGCGAAUUCAUCACAUUCUUUCAGGAUGCUUUCAGGUUGUGAGUUGAAAUUGAUGAUAAUGAUGGCUAUUGAUAUAUUUCCUCGUGAGAAGAUAAAAGGUAGUCAUAGAAAGAGGCGUGAGCCAAGAUUAGAUUCACCAAAAUGAAGAGAACAGAUUUGAGAUAAAUUCCUCAUUGACACCAACUGCAGAAGCAUGGAAAUAAUGUGAUACGUGCACGUUGUACUGUGAAAAAUGUACUGUUAUAACAAACUUACGUAGUUACAUGAUACUAAGGCUUUUUUUUAGUGUGGCAUUCAUUAAACCAUAAUAUCUCUUCAUUUAUCCAUCUUCUGUACAUAAGAAACUGAAUAUGAAAACCCCAAAACUCAGAAAUUUAAAUAUCAUUUCAUUACCUUGCUAAUAUAUUGGCUUGUCAUUUUUUGACAAAAGCUGUCAGCUUGCCAUUAUCAUUUGGUUCGGUUUUUCGUAUUUUCCGGGAAUGAAAAAAAAAGUGACAU